UUCCGGUUUGUAAAGCGUGGUUUCGGUGAUUUGUGCCGCGUUCACGAGCCUAACUCGAUUUCGUCAGGUAUUAUCGACUGUAGUUUUAUUUUUUCCCCUUCUUUCAUUUGUUACUCUUACCUGGGCUUCUUCAAGAUGAUUGUUGAUAACGCUCUAGCCCGGGUAAUGAGUAGGGCCAAGCAGGCGGACGAAUUGCUCGCUUUGCUCACUGCUCAGCUGCAAUCUUUACGUGCUGCUAGAAGAGAGCAAUAUGUUCAAGCUGAAUGUACCCGAUUACGAAGCGAAAACGAACAGCUCCGCCAAGAUGUCGAAGCUUGGAAAAAUCGUCUCGAGGCAGCCGAAGCUGGCAACGGUAUUGCGCCAGUGGGUGUUUCCGCACAGCUAGCGAAACCUGAGCAGCCAGCUCAAGCAAACAACGCUAGGCCAGCUGCACGAGCCGUUUCGCAGAAGCCUGGCGACGCUGGUGCCGGCGAUCAGCCCAAGAAACGCGCUGGACCCGCUGUAGACGCAAAAGCACCCCCGGCAAAAAAGGCGGAUGCUAAGAAAAAGCUUGAAGACAACGAUGACUCCAAACCAGUGGAUGUGAGCCGACUUGACUUGCGCGUGGGACGAAUCGUGAGCGCAGUCAAGCACCCUGACGCCGACUCUCUAUACGUUGAAGAGGUGGACGUAGGGGAGGGAAAGCCUCGCACAGUUGUCUCGGGACUGGUAAAGUUUGUGCCGCUGGACAAGAUGCAGAACCGCAUGGCUGUACUUCUGUGUAACCUGAAGCCUGCCAAGAUGCGUGGUGUCACAUCGGAAGCCAUGGUCAUGUGUGCGAGCACUCCGGAGAAAGUUGAAAUUCUGGCUCCUCCUCCAGGUGCUCAACCAGGGGAUCGUGUCGUCUGCGACGGUUAUCCAGGCCAGCCAGACGCACAGCUGAACCCCAAGAAGAAAAUUUUUGAGCAGGUGGCCCCUGAUCUCAAGACUGACAGUGAAAAAAGGGCAACUUACAAAGGCAAACCAUGGCUUGUUACUGGCCGUCAGGGUCAUGUGACUGCAGAGACAUUAUGCAAUGUCCAGAUUAAGUAGUUGACUAGUAUGAGCAGCAGUAUGACAUGUUUGUGAUGAAAAUAAGCAGGAAAAGUGGCAACCUUUUUUGGUAAAAGCUGAAGGUGUACCGACAAGUUAAACUAUACAUGUACAAAAUUACAUCAUGUAAAUUUCUAAAUUAAUGAAAAAUGUGUGAUAUGCAGAACAAAAUUAGAAUGCACACAGCAAGUACUGUGCACAUAAAUUUACAUUACUGUGUUUUUGUCAUAAGUUAUACAGAAUGUAUUUGCUUCUUAGUCUCGUAGUUCUUUAGUCUUGUAAUAAACCUUUCCAAAUAUAAUUUUGUGGUGAUAUUGUGCUGUGAUUACUUGUUUAUUAAUACAUAUUUUGCAGAAUAUUGCUGCCUUACCACAAGUUUUAAUUGAAGACAAUGCUUUUCACAAAGAGGCCGGAGGUGGCAUCACACAGAUUCUUUUCUUUCAACUUCUUAUCGUCUGCCUUACCAACUAACUGCUCCUCGUGAUGAUGAUGUCAGGUUGCCACUUGAAGCCAGUGACAAAGUGCAAAAAAUAAAGGUAU